CGUAUAGGUAAAUUGGCGACGGUCUACUUUUUCCUGACUCGUCCACUCACCGUCGCACGCACCCGCAUUGAAACCGAAUCCAAAUCACCGUCAUGCCGAAGCUUUUCCUGGUCGCGUUCGCGACCCUGACGGCCGUCCGUUCCACCGCGGCCUUUACCGUCGUCCGGUCGCGCCGCACGGCGACGACGACGUUAUCGGCUUCGCGUCGCGACACUCUCACGUUCACCGGUACAGCGGUCGCUACCGCGCUGUGGGGUGGUGAACGUCCGGCGCACGCCGACAUUGACUACGCCCGGGUACAAGAUUUGCUCGGCAACGUGGAAGCCACGUCGCCGCAAUCGUACGCUGCGCCCGGAGCCCGCCCCAAAUGGCUCGAAGAGCCGACGGAAGACUUUAAACGGAACGAACAAAAGGCGACGGAGUUUAAACGCGCCGCUCUGCAGCGGAAACAAGAAUUCCAGGCUAUUCUGGAUCGCUUUCAGGAGGAACCCAACGACGAGACCAUCCUGGCGUCCGAUUUGGACGAUCUCCGACGACGCGUGAAACAGAACGGCGGCUUGCCGCAGGGGAUUAGUAAAGAAGAUACGGUGAAACAAAUUCGCCGGCGCAAAGCCCGGAAACCACGGUACUGGCCCACGCAGGUGGAAAUUGCCUAUCAAGACUUGGUGAGCGAAAUUCUGUACCAGCAAUCGCCCAACACCGACCGGGAUAUGGACAAUCCGAUGUAACGGUUCAGAACGACAGUGCGUGUACCGGAGCAUGGUUGGCAGACGUCACGCUUGCUUGGGCUCC